AUGCCACCUGGAAGUGCGCCCGUUUGCGUCUGGUGCCAAGCGACAUCCACCACCAUGUGGCAUCGUCUGCCCAACGAUCAAAUUGUAUGCCAAAUUUGUUACACUAAGCGAAAUUUACUACCUUCCUCCGAUAACAACGAUAGUUCAACUCAGAAGAGGAAUACUAGUAGUAGUACGGCUAGUAGCAGUAGCAGUAAGGGAAAUCACCGGGAUAAAGGCAAUGGUAGCAGUGGACGUACACGCUCGCAAGGACAAGCGAAAAGCUCGCUCGUAUCCAAAAGGGGUAGACGAAGUUUGAAAAAGAGAAAGCCGAUUAAAGCUCCUUCAGCUGUGGCAUCAAUCGUAACCUGCAGUAGAAUAUUUUAUCAGGGUAUAAAGUAUCAAGUCGGUGAUAUCGUGUCUUUAGUGGAUAUUCAAGGUGGAAUAUUUUUUGCGCAGAUUCGUGGGUUUAUGCAAGAUCAGUAUGGUGAAAAAAGUGUCGUAUUAACUUGGCUACUCCCUACUCAACCUUGUCCUGAUCAUUUCGAUCCAUCUAUUUUCGUCUUAGGACCUGAAGAGGAAGUCUGUAGGCCAAUGGAUUGCAUAGAAUUCGUUUGUCACAGUCCUGCCAAGUUCUCUGCUGCCUUACCGACACCUUAUGCGGCUUAUGCGCCUCUUGUACAACAAUCCGAUGCUAUAGCAUCAUUACUAGCUGCUGCAGAAGAAAUCGAUAAAUCGCAAUCGCCUUGA